AUGCGGCUACCAGAGCAACAUGGAGAGGGGCCACCCCAGCACCAAGAAAAGGGGAGCAGAGGGUCCCCUGGAGGGAGUGAGGAGCGGCAGAGAAGGCAGACCCCUGAUUUCCCUACCUGGCAAAAGAUGCCGUUCCAUCAUGUGACAGCUGGCUUGUUGUAUAAAGGGAAUUACCUGAAUCGGUCCCUCUCUGCAGGCAGUGACAGUGAGCAGCUCGCUAACAUCUCAGUGGAAGAAUUGGAUGAAAUCCGUGAGGCCUUUCGGGUUCUGGACCGGGAUGGGAAUGGCUUCAUCUCCAAGCAGGAGUUGGGCAUGGCCAUGCGCUCUCUGGGCUACAUGCCCAGUGAGGUGGAGCUGGCCAUCAUUAUGCAACGCCUGGACAUGGAUGGGGAUGGCCAGGUGGAUUUUGAUGAAUUCAUGACAAUCCUGGGCCCCAAGCUGGUGUCAUCAGAAGGUCGAGAUGGUUUUCUUGGGAACACGAUAGAUAGUAUAUUCUGGCAGUUUGACAUGCAAAGGAUAACGUUGGAAGAGCUAAAGCAUAUCCUGUACCAUGCAUUCCGGGAUCAUCUCACAAUGAAAGACAUUGAAAACAUUAUUAUCAAUGAAGAGGAGAGCCUGAAUGAGAACUCAGGAAACUGCCAGACAGAGUUUGAAGGAGUGCAUUCCCAAAAGCAGAACAGACAGACCUGCGUCAGGAAGAGCUUAAUAUGCGCCUUUGCCAUGGCCUUCAUUAUCAGUGUCAUGUUGAUCGCGGCCAAUCAGAUCCUCCGCAGCGGCAUGGAGUAG